AUGGGCCCUAAGCAGCCUAAGUCCGGCCGGGACACACCGGGGUCCGUGCAGCCGACCUGGGAGCCCGCGCUGGUGUCCGCCCGCCUCGAGGAGGAUGACUGGAAGCCUAGCAUCAGUUUCGUUGUCGGGAGCAAGAUUGAGGAUGAAGUGCACACCCAGGCCCUGGCUCUUGCUGUGCAGGUGCCACUGCGAAAACUCUUCAGUGUGAUAACAUCUGAUGACCUUUACAAACAGGUCGCAGAAUCUGGGCGUCCAAAGGGAAGAAGGCUUAAGGAUAUGCCUAUGUACUAUGAGGUGAUGGAAUUAGCCAAAGCCUUUCUGGACCAGGGUGAAAAAUUUCCUGCAACACUAACUGGAAAGCUGUUGAAAUUUCAAUUGCUUUGUCUCAAACAGAAGGCUCUUCAGAGAAGAGAAGAGGAAAAGAAGGCAGAACAGCUGAAAAAAGAAAAGGAGAAAGCGAGAGAAAAAGAAAAAGAAAAAGAAAAAGAUAAGAAAUCUCCUGAUAAGUCAGGUGGAAAAGAUAGUAAAGGAAAAAAGUCAGAGUCAUCAUCCCCUGUUAAAAAGGACACCAAAUUCAAACAACGGGGAGAAGUGGAAGUGAAAGACAAAUACAUUGAUGAUGAACCAGAUGAUGGUGCUCAUUAUUACGUUAUCAUUCUGGGUUUCCCCAAUCUUCAGUUGUUACCUGUCUUGAUUGAGCUUGGGAUUAACAUUUCAAGUGUAAUUCAAAUUUCUUCUGAAAAUUACAAGCCAUUGCAGAUAUACUUAGAAGCAACUAAACUUCAAAAACAAUCUUCACUUUCACUUGAAGAUAUAGAAGCAGAGAAAAGAAAGGAAGAUGAAGCUAAGAAAGACCUGGAAACAUUUUGGAAAUUCCUGGAGCCCGUUCUGAGCAGUGGAAAGCAUGGAUCAAGCCUCUUUGAUGUUGCCAGGCUUCAUUACCUAGUUAAGGAAAGUGACUUUCCCCCUGAUUGGACUGACAGAGAAAUGCUGCUUGAAUUGGGUACUGUGGUGUUUGAACAUGUUGCUUGUUUGAUGUAUGACUGCCUGGACUGGAGAAGACAGCAUUGCAACUACUUGGAAAACACCAAGUUUAUUAACGUGGCUGUGUUACCAGAGAGCAAAUCAACACAACCAUCUUCACUUGAGGAGCAACCAGCACCACAGAUGUCACCUACAAGGAAAAGAGGGAAACAAGAAGAAAUUCUGCCAACAAUAGUUCUGUCAGAGACAGAAGAAACUUCCAUUCUGUUUCCUUCUGUGGACAUGAGAUAUUACAAUGACUUGCUGUAUCAAAUUCCUGAGGAGUACUUUUCUGUACCCUUAAUGCUGAGCUGCAUGUUGGAACAGGUUAUUGCAAGUGAGGAAGACCUUCCACCACCAAGUCUUGUGUCACUAGAGCCUCAGGAAGAUGAGCUGCAUCGUGCCAUUGCAGAUCAUAUAAUCUCUGUCCUUCCUUCUCUUUACCUUCCUAUGAGUGAAAAAAAGAAUCUGUAUGACUACUUUUCUCCUAAACCCAAUGUACAAGAGAGGGUCACCCCCGAGUACCCUCUCUUAUUUAACUACCACGAUGCCCUGGCUCAGCGGUUGCACCUCCUGAAGGUCCAAGAGAAUGUCGAUCCAGAAAAGAUUGAGCAUGAAAUGAUGGAUAAACUGCCUCUUACAGAACUUAUCCAUUUCACCCCUCCUUCAACUGAAAACAACACUAAACGCUUGGCCAGAGUUCAUGAGCUCAUGUAUUAUUUUACUACUGAACUUCUGAAUUGGGCUGAAGUAGAAAGAGCCUUCAGAGUGUUUACUUUUGAAAGCCUGAAGCUGACUGAGCUAAGUGACUCUGGUUUCCUGGAGAGCUCUGGAUCUAGGCUUGGAGGUGAUUCUAAAGAGUCUUAUAUCCCUUGGGAUAAUCCAGCCGUGUUUGCAAGACAGCUGAGACAACUCUUCCUUAUGGAAAAGAAAUUUAGUGGGAAAUCUCCAAGAAGCUCUGGGUAUACAGAAACAAGUGACGAAGAUGAAGAAGACGAUCCGGUUUAUCCUCUUUUGAACGUAGAUUUGGAUCAUCUUUAUUCUGAUAUGGUGAGUCUCGAAAAUUAUGGCCUAGGACCAAAAUUAGAAGAAAUAAAAAAGACACAGAGGCGUUGCUUGACAGACUGGAAUUUGGAAGAGCAUUUUCAACCACAUGUUCUUCAUCAGGUUCUUCAUACAGCAUCCCAAGAAUACAGAUGUAUUGAUUCCUUUUAUCAUAGCCAAGAUAACUCUUUACUAAUGGUUUUUCACAAUCCCAUGAAUCAACAUCGUCAGAGCCAAGAGACUUGGAAUAUUGCUCUGCACUCUAAUGUGGGAUUCAGAAACUAUCUUGAGCUGGUGGCCAACUUAAUUGAAGACUGGGUGAAAGAGGAAGAAGCUAAAUACCAAAAAGAGAAGAUGGGCAGCACGACUGAACCUGAGAAUGUAAUAGAGUCUCAAUCCGAGAAAGAAGAAAGUCCCAUUAUCAGAGAAGAUUCUCUAAAGGCUUGGAAGAUUGAACAGGACCGAUUACGAGAGGAAGAAGAAAAAGAAAAGGAAGAAGAACAAGAAAAGGAAGAAAAAUUGCAAAGUAGAAGGAAAAGCCAGGAUUUAAGAGGAAGUAAAGAAGGAAAUAAAAAAGGAAAUAAAGGAUCAAACAGAAGACCUUUGGAAGACAAGUAUCAAAAUGAGUCAGCAAAAGCCGCUGAACUUGAGGAGGAUCAUAGCAUUCCAGAAACAUGUUCUGAGAAAGUUUAUAAGUUUCAUGGCUACAAUACAGGGGAGGAUAUCAUUCAAGUAUCAGGAACCAAUCGGUAUCUUUUCCCAUCCGAUGGAGGACAGAUUCAAGUAGAGAAGAUAGAGUUUGUAAAAAAAACUUUGAUAAAGGUGAAAGUAAUGAAAGACAAGCACAAUUUCUUCAUUCAUGUCACAGACCCCAAGGAAAAUUUCAAAGAAGCUGAAGAGCAAGAAAUUAAUGAAGAACAGCAAAUUACAUCAGAAGAAUUGAAAAAUAAAAAGAAAGCUGUGAGCAAGUUUGGAUCUUUUUCAGCCACCUUGGAAAAUGGAAUCCAGCUGUCUCUGAGCUAUUAUGGACCUACAGGGGAGGCAGAUGAUGAAACAGCUCUUGUCUUAGAAAGAAUUCUGAACAUCCCUUCUGUUCAUCUUCCGACGGUAGUUCCAACAGUUUCUGUUAUUACACCAUCUCAGGGAAAAAAAGAUAAGCUUGACAGAGGAAAAUCAGGAAAAGCUUCUACCAAAGGAAGCCGUCGCAAAUUAGCCCCUUCACCACCUGAUAACGUGGCACAGAAAGAAGAACAAAAGGUAGAAAUGCAAGAAGUUCCCCAAGCACAAGAGGUGUCAGAUGCUCCUGCUUUUCCAAGUUUGAAUGUCUCCUGUCCCAACGGACUUGUACUAAAUUUCCUCAGUGAAAGGUUUCAAGAAUUGAAAGGUGAAUCCACUGCCACUGAAGCAAAGAAAGAGACAGUAGAGGAAAGUAAAGGCAAAGCAGAUGAGGAAGAGAAGAAAGAGGUUAUGCCAAGUGGAGAGGAGGAACAUCAGGUUACAGAAGGUGAAAUCAAGCAGGAAGACACCCAAAGUGAACAGGCUAAGCAGCCUCCUCUGGAAAUUAUGGUUAGACAGAGUUAUCCCCAAAAGGUAAAGGACUCUCAUCUUUAUUCACCUCCAGCGAGGCAAAAAGAACAAGAGGUGUCAAGAGUCAUCACUAGUCGAGGAACUGUCAUAAAGCACCUGAUGGAUGGAUCUACCCAGAUUCUGUUUGCUGAUGGCACGGUGAUUAAUAGCCCUGAUUCUGGUCCUGUCCUACCCCCACCCGCAGAUGAAAUACGGAUGAAAAGUCCCUUACCAGAAUCAGACCAUUUAUCUGAGAAUAGCACAAAGAAAGGAAAAGGCAGUGACAAGACAUCACUGCCGUCUCAGAAGUCUGAUGAGUUUGAAAAGGCCAUUUCUAUACAACCUAAGGCAGGAACCUGGAUAACAACAACUCCAUUAGGCAUUCUAGUGGGCACAGAGGGUGCCACAAGAAUGGAUCUGAAGCCUCUCUUAAUGUAUCAGGCCACGAACCCAGCUGAUGGAAUGAUUAUGACUGUACGAGAAGAUGAAGUGAUAAUUGUUGAAAAGCCAGAUGGUAACAAAGUAGUAGAACAUGCUGAUGGUACCAGGAUCACAUCUUUUUAUGAAAAAUGUGAAGACCUUUCUGUACCAGAGAGUAGUGUGGAAGCAGAAGCCAUCGCAAAAAAGUGCAAAGGUACACGAGUAGAGCAUCCUGAGUUUGCUACUGUUAUAGCAAAUUGGGAGGAUGGUACCUGUUGUACUGUCUUUGGAGAUGGGACAUCUAUUGUAGCAAAGCCACAGGGAACAUAUCAGGUUUUACCCAGCAAGGGAGGCUUUCUUUUCUUUGAUGAAGACUGCUCAGCAGUUUACAGCCAUGAAGUUUAUGAUUUCAGCAGCAAGGAAGAAGAGAAACAAGCAGGGAGAUACAUUAUGAAACACACUUCCAGCACUAUUUGUGAGAUGAUGGAUCCUGAAGGAAAUACUUUCAAGGUCCUGGCUGAUGGCAGCACAGAUGUCUGCAUUCCCAGCAGUGGCUCUGAUGACAAGGAGGACAGGAGUUCAGUAGCAGAUGGUGUUAACAAACCUAUCACUGAUAACGAGCAUGUCCCCAGGUUUUUCAUCAUCUCUGAGGAUGGUUCUGGAACGGAGCUCCUGCGAACAAAGGAUGUACGCGAGUAUAUGGCUGAGGCCUGCAGUGAUCCUGCCACUGCAGUCUUGCAGGAUCCUGUACAAGAACAGCCAGGUGUUUUAAGUAUUACUGUCCUUCGGCCUAUGGCUGAAUCAUCCCCCUGGGUAAUGAAGAAAGAACCAGAGAGUAUUGUUCCUCCAUAUCUACAGACAGAGACUCAGAAAGAAUCUUCUCCUCCUGAGAGGGAGGUCAAAGGUCCCCUGGUGAGAAGGUAUGCCUGGAGGGGUCUCAGCAUCGGAGAAGCUCGUGUGUCCUUACCAGCCCCUGUGCGAAAAUGUCCCAAAAAACUGCAGAUCCGCCAGCUAUUCCAGUAUAAGCCACUCUGUGAGGAACUAAGAGAAAAACUGCAUCUUUCCCUCAAGGAAUAUAUAGAGAACAUCUUAAAGCAGGAAAAUGAGCUGGAAGAGAUUAAUGUGAAAGAACCAAGAACAGAAGAGGAAAAGGAGAAUGCUGCAAGUCUCCUUGAACAGGUUACAUCCUUCCCUGACUGGAAGAAGUCAACUGAAAAGCUCAGUGAUAAAGCCCGUGUGAGCCAGCUGUAUGAGCAGGCAGUGGCUCCUCCUGCCCAGGAUCACACAAGGAAGGCAAGCAUUGCACAGAGACAGGAACAGCAGGACAGUCUGGAUGGAGUUUUUUUUUCCAAGUGGAAAAGCAAACUGGAAGAGACCAGGGAAGAACUGGAUAAACAGAAAGCUUUAUUCGCAGCACUGAUAAAUGAUAUUUAUGCUCCGUAUUUUGAAUCUGAAUUUGGCAAAAACUUCUACCAACAAAAGUUUCCUGAUUUGGAAGCAAUGUCUAAGGAACUUCCUCCACUUCAAAAAGAAACAAGUGAGACCUGGCCAAUGAGGCUGAUAAGAGAACCCAGUGGAGCAGCUGAAUUUCUUGGUACCACAAGUGAAUCAUCCCUUUCAUCUGGCCUUCCCCUGCAGUAUCCUUCCAAACAAGAUGAUGGUUCCAGCAGCACAACAGACAAGACUGAGGGGGCAGAAGAGACAGCCUUUCAACAGAAAGUUCCAAGUCUGAUGGUGGAUGUUACAGGACAGACAAGAAAAGAGAGAGUAAUAUUACCACCAUGCCUUCAGGGGAAAAAACCACACACCAUACCAAAUAAAAAGAUAGAAGAUCCUGCUUCAGGAAAGGUCAGCACAUCUUCUCUUGCAACAAGACAGGAUCUUACCAAAUUCCAUCUCAUCCCACCCAGGGUGGUAUUUGGAGUGCUAAAGGAAGGCUGCAUCUAUGCAACCAUUGUAAUCAUGAAGAAUGUUGGUGUGAACUUCUCAAGGUUUCGGGUGAAGCAGCCUCCUCCAUACACGGGACUGAGAGUGAUGUACACACCAGGACCUGUGGCAGCAGGCUUGCAGGCUGAACUGGAGAUAGAGAUUUUUGCCAUGCUGAUUGGAGGGAAAGACACUGGUGGCCUUGAAGAAGUUUCCCAUAAUAUUGAAAUAGUAACAGAAACUGAAACUCUUCUCCUGCCUGUGAAAGCAAAUAUCCUUUCCAGUGACAUUUAUCAGCACCGCCCCGAAGGAUUCCCCCAGGGAGGGAUGGCAGCAGGAGUCCAGGAAGUUCCUCCAAGCCCCAGGCCACGGUUUCGGAUUACACUCCCACGAAAGCUUUAUAGUUAGUGUUAGAGCCUGAGAAGAUUAACAUGAGGAUAAGCAACACUGAAAUACCUAGAUUUUAGUUCAACCUUAUGGAAACAUCCAGUGUAAUUUUUCCAUUCAUUUAAUCAGAUUAAAUGAGAAUAAAUAUUUUGCCUUUUCCCUGUUAAUGAGAA